AUGGCGAUGUCUCUCGGUCUCCCGCCGCCUGAACCGCUUAAAAUACUGGAAGGAAAUACUUCGAUAAAAUGGAAAAAAUUUAAACAGAAAUGGACAAAUUACGAGAUUGCUACAGGAGUUGCAGAGAAAGAAAAUCCGACGAGAGUUGCUACAUUCCUGACAGUGAUUGGGGAAGAAGCGGUCGAUGUUUAUAACACAUUUACUUGGGCCACAGUGGGCGAUAACCUGAAAAUAGACAAGGUUUUGGAGAAAUUUGAUGCCUUUUGCAACCCAAGAAAGAACACUAUAUAUGAACGCUAUGUGUUUUUUUCGAGAAACCAGGAAAAUGGUGAGUCAAUCGAUCAUUAUGUAACUGUUUUAAAAACUUUGUCUGACACUUGUGAAUUUGAGAACUUAAAAGAGUCCUUGAUCCGUGACCGGCUUGUGUUUGGAAUUCUAGAUAAUUCUGUUAGGGAAAGAUUACUAAGAGACCCUGAGUUAACCCUGCAAACAGCAAUUGAAAGAGUAAGGUCAGCUGAAUUGACAAAUGCACAAUUAAAACAAAUAAAAGCUGACCAGAAGAUUACUGAGGAAUUACCAAUACAUCAUGUAAAAUCAAACAGUGAACAUUCCUAUAAAAACCGUGAGCAGAAUUUAUUAACCCGAAAUGUGAAUUGUAAGUAUUGUGGAAAAAAACACCCAAGGGACAAAAAUUAAUGCCCUGCCUUUGGAGAAAUUAAAUGCCAGAAAUGUGGGAAGUAUAACCAUUUUGCAGCCAAGUGCAAAUCAAAGGCUCGCAGACUGAUCCCCCGGGUAAAUUAUGUCGAAGAGGAUGAGGCCCCAUCUGAAGAUGACUAUACUAUUAGUACUGUAAUACAUCAUAUUGGGGCUCUUAACAAAAAAAAGAUCUAUGACAAUAAGAUCCCAAAGCAGCUGUUUGCAACAAUGAAAGUCAAUGAUAAGGUGAAUAUUAAGUUCCAAUUAGAUUGUGGUGCAACAUGCAAUCUAAUUCCACUAAAAGAUUAUGCUCGGGCUAUGGGAAACCCUGAAGAUGUCUAUUUGCAAAAGAGCAAUGCUACACUAACCAUGUACAAUGGAACAAUCAUGCGUCCCGUAGGCAAAUGUAAACUAAAAUGCACUAGAGGUGGUUCACAGCACACACUUGAAUUUGAAGUGGUUGAUAGUGAUGUGAAACCUCUUCUAAGUGCUGAAACAUGCCAAAAGUUACAGUUCUUGCAGGUUCUCGUGAAUGACAAGCAUGAUAUUGAUACAGUGGUGCAUGAGGAGAUGUCAGUGAAUGCAUUUUCUAGCAUUUUCCAAGAAUAUGCUGAUGUUUUCGAAAGAAUUGGAUGUCUUGAAGGAAGUUAUCACAUUGGAAUUGAUUCAAGCGCGAAACCGAUAAUACAUCCUCCUCGUAGAGUGCCAGUUACCCUGAAAGAUUCCCUGAAGAAAGAACUAGAUCGCAUGGUUAAAGAAGAAAUCUUGGCCCCAGUAAAUGAUCCUACAGACUGGGUUUCAAGUAUGGUCACGGUCGUCAAACCCAACAAAUUAAGGAUUUGUAUCGAUCCUAAGAAUCUUAACCAAGCUAUUAAGAGAUCACAUUACCCCAUGCCAACGAUCGAAGAGGUUGCCACCAAGUUGAGUAAUGCGAAAGUGUUCUCGGUUCUUGAUGCAAAGAGCGGAUUCUGGCAAAUAAAGCUUGACGAAGAAUCCAGCAAGCUGACAACCUUCAAUACGCCAUUUGGUCGGUUUCGAUGUCUUCGAAUGCCCUUCGGUAUCUGUUCGGCCCCAGAAGAGUUUCAGAGAAGAAUGAAUAUCACGUUUAAAAACUUAAAGGGACGGCUGUGAUAGCUGAUGACUCUCUUGUAUUUGGGGAAGGUGACGACAUAGAAACAGCAAGAAAAGAUCACGACCAAAAUCUUAGAAAUGCUCUGCAAAGAGCCCGCGAAAGGAACCUCGAGAUGAAUAAAGAGAAAUCGAAGUUAAUGCUGACUGAAGUUCCCUAUAUUGGACACCUGCUGACAUCUGAUGGAAUCAAACCGGACCCGAAGAAAGUGGAAGCUUUCCAAAAUAUGCCUCAACCAACAGAUGUACCCUCAGUCAAGAGAUUCCUUGGUAUGGUGAAUUAUCUUUCCAAAUUCCUACCCAACAUUUCAACUAUCACCGAACCACUUCGUCAACUAGAAGCAAAAUAUGUUGAAUGGUACUGGGAUGAAAAUCAGCAAAAGGCAUUCGAAGAGAUAAAGAAACUCAUCACAUGUCACCCUGUCCUACGUUACUACGAUGUCGCCAAGGAAGUAACCCUCCAAUGUGACGCAUCACAAUCAGGAGUUGGAGCACUGCUGUUACAAGAAGGACAGCCAGUAGCAUUUACAUCUCGAGUACUUACAUCUACAGAGAGAAACUACGCUCAGAUCGAGAAGGAGCUGUUGGCAAUUGUACAUGCGUGUGAUCGUUUUGACCAGUACGUAUUCGGACGCGAUAUUACCAUCGAAACAGAUCACAAACCACUGGAGGUGAUUCUGCAAAAGCCACUUUUAGCAGCCCCAAACGAUUGCAGCGAAUGAUGAUGCAACUGCAGAAGUACAACUUGAAAGUCGUGUACAAGCGAGGGUCUGAGUUGUAUAUUGCCGAUACCUUGAGCAGGGCAUAUUUAAGUUCACCUAGUCAAGUCGGUGAAGAAGAGAAGAGUUCAUUAGAGCGGUAGAG